ACUUUCGCAGCAAAGUCUAAAAAUUCAGGUAAAAAUGGAAUUUUUUAGGGAACUUAGAGAGCUUUGGGGUAACCAGGGGAUGGAAGAAGAAGAAGGCGUUGUUUCUGUAGAACCCAUUGCAAUCAUAGUACCAUCGGAACUGCAGGAUUUGCCAAAGUCUAUCAUGCCGAAAAGUAGCACCAAUUCAAGCACGGUUGGGGGGUUCGGUAAUCACCAGUCUCCUCCUUCUUCUAAAAGUCAAUCUUCUGAAGCGACACCUAGUGAUGAUAAAGGCGUAGAGUGCAGGUUGAGUAGUAACAAGACGAGGUGGUACUACAUUUCUAGGAGGGAGAAGAUGAUGCUUUUUACCAGUGUGAAGAAUAAGGUCGCCAAAUGGAAAAGACAGUUCAUUUUUGUUCACGAUACACGAAUGGAAAAGAACACGUUGCUAGAUUACGUGAAGGAGGACGGAUUUGUGGAUUUGGAGGCCCUGGUUACCCCUGAGCAGUUAGUGACGUUUGGGUUUGUGGAUACGAUAAACCUAUAUGCCAAAGAUCCACCUCAUAGCUCAUCUCAUAGGGAGCAAGGCUCCAACUCAGCAUCAAGGUGGCGAUCCAACUCUAGAGUUCAGUCUGUUACUACACACUCUUUUGACGGGCCUCAUGCAUCGGAAAGCAGUGGUGCUGAAGCUAGGUCGGCACAGACACAAGUGUCGAGUCCUAAGAUUGCAUGCCCUGAAGGUUUUAGUUAUACAAAGCCGAAAUGUCACACUACAAUGCUACAGGAUAUGCAUAACUUCAUCCCCUCUAUGGAUUGGGAACGCCCCAAAGGCUACAUGCAACAGAAUAGUGGCCGUGCCGCCAUGCUAAAAUUGAUGGAUGUUUAUGAAGAUAUACACAGAAAGCUGCUACAACACCGGCCUGACUUCCCUAUUGGCAAGCUAACAUUCAUGGAGGGAGAAGAGAUUGAUGAGCAAGGGAAAACCUUGUUCCCUCCAUUUGAGAUAAUAGUAUGGCUAGGGUGGAAGCUAAAUAAGAAUGAAGUGCUCGUUUUUCCUCUUAUCGUUUCUGAGGACGGAGAAGACGAGGACUCCUUGCCAAGUUUUAAGGCUUGGGUUGUUGGUACGCCUGACGUAGAAGCUGAGCCAAUUAGAGCUCCUAAUGGGACUCAAUCCACUCUUGACCUAUCUCAGCCUACUUUGUCUCCUACUUGUUCUAGUGAUGUAAUGGUUGUGCCCUUAGUGGAUUUAACUAAUGACUAGGGUGUAAGGUUGUUGAUUUUUGUACUUUUGAUUUGUGGUAUUUUGAAAAAGUUUAUGUAGCUUGAACUGCUCUUUUUAAUGGAGUGAAAUGAAAGAUAACUAUUUGG